AUGGACAACCCAGGGAACGGGUCGUGGAAUAACCCAGAGAAUGCCACCCACUGCGGCGGCAGCGUCUUCACGAAGGAGCAAAUCGACUUGCGCCUGAUUGGCAACAUGCCAAUUUCUGUAUUUGGCAUGUUCACGAAUAUUAUUAAUAUUGUUGUCUUCCUCGACGUGGAGAUGCGGGUCCAGUUGGUCAACCACUUCCUGUUGGCCCUCUCCCUCUCCGAUCUGCUGCUCUUAAUAUGCAACUUUUUCUUCCUCAUCCUCCCGGUCAUCUCCAACAUGUCGUCUAGGGUCGAUCUACACAAUGCCUAUCCUGUGGCUUUGUGGUACGCCUAUCCGAUCGGGUUGACGACGCAGACGUGCGGUGUCUACUUGACCGUACUUGUCUCGGUUCAUCGAUAUUUGGGUGUUUGUCACCCAUUUCGAGCGAAAAGAUGGGUUUCCGGUCGCCCAGUGAAAGCAGCCAUCGGGGGAUCAAUAUUGUUUUCGAUCCUCAUCAACCCGAAAUUCAAUUCAGUGAUUAAUGAAGUCGGGCUGACGGAAUUCCAGCAGGGCUACAUCUACCGCAUCGUCGCCAAGGUGAUUGGCUACACGAUGGUGAUGUUCAUCAUCCCGUUCGCCAUCCUGAUCAUCGUCAACUGCCGGAUCAUUAUCGCGCUGCAGCAGAGCAAGAAUUUACGGCAGAUGCACUCGUCGAAGAAGUCGACGGCAUCCAGGACAAUGGUGAUGAACCAAUUCCGGAUGCUGAGGAACUCCAAGUACACCGAGCUGUUCAACACGCUCAGCAAGAUGACGGGAUUGCAAAAUUUCCGCUCCCCCUCCUUCCUGAAGACGAACAGCAACAGCGUCAGGGAUCGCUCGGUGACGAUGAUGUUGCUGGCGAUCGUCGGAAUUUUUCUGUUUUGCAAUUGUUUGGCCCUGUGUAAUAACCUGAUCGACAUCCUCGUCCGCGAGCAGCUGCUCACCUUUUCGAACGAACUCUUCGAGAUGUCGGUCGAAAUCGCGAAUCUAUUAAUCUCCCUCAACUCCUCUUCGUCCAUCUUUGUCUACAUGAUCUUCUCCUCAAAGUACCGCACCAUCAUCAAACACUGGCUGGGGCUGCAGAAGCGCAAGAAGGUGAACGGCGUGGCCCUAACUACAGCACUAGCUGCCCAGAAAGCCCUCGAGUUAUCGGUGCUCCCCGAUGAGGUCGAAAAUCGGCGCCGAAAAUCGAAUGCGGAGAAGUUCAGCCAAUCGCAGGGCAGUCGUCAGCCACUCUCGAGGAGGACGAGCUCGCAUAGCGACAUUCGGGUCGAGGAUGAGAUCUGUGCUGACGACGACUCGGACGCCAGACGGACCUCUUCAAGGAGGAAGCUCCUCCGCUUCGCCACCGUCCAA